UCAAAAGUUACUUAGUGUUGUCGUAAUUUCAAACAAUCACUAAAUAAACCGUUGUUAAGCCGAGGACUAUCUAUAUCCAGAGGUUUUCCUUUUUCAGCCUUUGCCAGUUAAAAUUCUGUAUCCGGCACCUUCCUUUCCCUGUGUCAUUCUGGGCAUGAUGUCACCGUCGAGAUGAUUAAUGCCCCAAAUAUUGGGUGAGGCCCCUUUGGCAUAGCGUUGUGCACUGUGCAUCACACAAAUCUCUUAAGAAUGCAUCGCACAAUCUCUGAAGAAUGCGUAGCGGGGUCCUUUAUGGAGCUUUAACAGCUUGACGGUUGGCGAUCACAAAUUCAGCGCGCAUCGGAUCGUCCUGGCCGCCUCCAUUCCUUAUUUCCACGCCAUGUUCACGAACGAUAUGAUGGAGUGCAAGCAGGAUGAAAUUGUCAUGCAGGGCAUGGACCCCAGCGCACUGGAAGCUCUGAUCAAUUUUGCCUACAACGGACAUUUAGCCAUUGACCAGCAAAAUGUCCAGUCUUUGUUGAUGGGCGCCAGUUUCCUGCAGCUGCAGAACAUCAAGGAUGCGUGUUGCUCCUUCCUCAAAGAGAGGCUCCACCCCAAGAACUGCCUGGGCGUGCGCCAGUUCGCGGAGGCCAUGAUGUGCGCCGUCCUGUACGAGGCCGCCAACAACUUCGUCCACCAGCACUUCGUGGAGGUCUCCAUGCUGGAGGAGUUCCUGGCUCUGCCCUUGGAGGACGUGCUGGAGCUGCUCUCGAGGGACGAGCUCCACGUGAAGACGGAGGAGCAGGUCUACGAAGCCGCCCUGGCCUGGGUGAGGUACGACCGGGGACCCCGAGAAGGCUGCCUGCCGGAGCUCCUGUCCAGAAUCCGCCUGCCCCUCUGCCGGCCGCCCUUCCUGACGGGCCGCGUGCAGCAGGACGAGCUGGUCCGCGGAUGCCCCAAGUGCAGGGACCUCGUGGACGAAGCCAAAGACUUCCACCUGAUGCCAGAGUGCCGUCCGCCUCUCCUCCCUUUCAAGACACGGCCGCGUUCUUGCACGUCCAUCGCAGACCUGAUCUACGCCGUGGGAGGACUCAACUCGGCAGCGAACUUCUAUGCAGGAGACUCCCUGAACGUGGUGGAGGUCUUCGAUCCCGUGGCCAAUCAGUGGGAGAAGUGCCAGCCCAUGAUGACGGCCCGCAGCCGUGUGGGCGUGGCCGUGCUGAACGGACUCUUGUACGCCAUUGGAGGAUACGACGGGCAGUGGCGGCUGAGCACCGUGGAAGUGUACAACCCUGAGACCGACUCUUGGUCCAGGGUGGGCAGCAUGAACAGCAAACGGAGUGCGAUGGGAACCGUAGUCUUAGACGAACAGAUCUACGUUUGUGGGGGCUACGACGGCACCUCUUCCCUGAACUCGGUGGAGGCCUAUUCGCCCGAGACAGACCAGUGGACGGUGGUGACGCCCAUGAGCUCCAAUCGCAGCGCAGCCGGCGUCACCGUCUUUGAAGGCCGCAUCUUUGUCUCUGGCGGACAUGAUGGCUUGCAAAUCUUCAACAGCGUGGAAUUCUACAAUCCGUACACCGCCUCGUGGCACAGCGCGGCCAGCAUGUCGAACAAGCGGUGCCGGCACGGAGCCGCCUCUCUCGGCGGCAAGCUCUUCGUCUGCGGCGGCUACGACGGCUCAGCCGUCCUCAGCGUCGCCGAGGUCUACAAUUCGGCGGCCGAUCAGUGGCACCUCCUGGUGCCCAUGAACACCCGGCGGAGCCGCCUAUCCCUGGUGGCCAACCGCGGCUGUCUGUAUGCCGUGGGCGGCUACGACGGACAGUCCAACCUCAGCUCGGUCGAAGUGUACGACCCGGAAGCCCAGCGCUGGACGUUCGUGGCGCCCAUGGUGUGCCACGAAGGUGGAGUGGGGGUGGGCUGCGUCCCACUGAUGACCAUUUGAGGGCAGAGGCCGGGGUCCCCCCCCCCGUGCAUUGCAUGCAAGCCGUAGAGAACGAGCUGCGGAAGAACGGUGGGUCCGCAUGGUUUCCGGGUGCUUGAGUCUCGCUCCUAACGGCAUCCUACAAUUUGCUGCACAAUUUGUCAUGGAAUCAAGCUGACAAGUAAGCUAAGGAACUCGGACAAUUGGGUAAAAUAAGAUUUUUUUGGGGAGGGGGGAAUGCCAAAAACAUUCAAACACACAAAUACAGUCCUUCCCUUGAUGUUUGUGUAAGAAAAAAUGAAAGAAAGAAAAAAUACGUCCAAGCCAACUUCCUAUGCUGGUUUGUUCUUUGCUAUUAAGGCAAAAAAGUAGCUGGAACCAGCAGCAUAUUUUUGUUCCUGGGGGAGGGUGGGGGUGAAUCCUUGCAUGGUUUUUUUGGAUCCAAUAUGCACACCUGACCAAAUGCACUGAAAAUGAUGAAGGGGGGAGGGGCUGUUCUUGAUUUCACUUUUUGACUUUCCAAUCUGGGUAUCUUGUCAAAUGUUGAUUUUAGACAGGUGUCGGAAGGCUUGUGAGGUCCUUGGUGCUCUCUGAGCCUGGUGGUUUUCUUGCAGACAUCUCGUGAUCCAACUAGGUAACGUCAUCAGUGCUAGAAGGAAGGAGGAGAAAAGUUGUGGGGUCCUUGGUGCUCUCUGAGCCUGGUGGUUUCCUUGCAGACAUUUCAUAACCCAAGUGAUCGUUCGUCUUGCCGACAGAGCCCUCUGGACCAAAUUGUGUUACAACGUUGGAAAAACCUCUGCCGAAGUGACUCCGUUUCCCCAGCGGGCUGUUCAGUUUUGCCAAACGGGAAGCAGCGGCAGCAUAGAGGUGUGGGGCGGUUGUGCCCUACCAGGCUCAUGAGCCUUUUCCCAGCACCAUGGUUCCUGUAGUCCCCACGCCUGGCUGUUUCCUAAGCUCAUCACCAGGAGACGCGAAAAAUCGAGCAAAUGGGGGAAGAAUAACUGGCAGCUUCGGCGGGAGUUCACUGCGAAGGCCAGCCAACGUUGCCACCGGAAAGGGGGAUCCUAGAGGAUAUCUAGAAGGACUCGGUGUUUCCCGCCUGUGUUCUGUGUGUCCAUCCUACGUAAUUCUCGAAUCGAAAUAAAUCCAAAUCUCAGCACUGGGCCCAUUUAAAUAGUGAGCCGUAUUCCAGAUCGCGGGGAGGGGAGAAUCCGACCAUCUCGGCGAGUGUCUCCAUGUGAAUGUAAAAGCUGUCGAUACGUGUUCCUGUAAAAUCAUGUAUGUAAAUCAUCCUGUGAUCCUUGGGGGGGCAGACCAAGCCUUCAUGUAGAGGAGCUGACUGUAUCUCUGUUCUCCUUUGUCACAAAUAUAUUUAAUUUCAAUCCAAA